GCCCCGGGUCCUGCUGCAGCCCAGCAUGCCCCACGUGUGUGCUGAGCAGGAGCUGACCCUGGCAGGCCACCGCCAGCCCUGUGUGCGGGCCUUCAUCCGCACGGUGCCCGUGUGGAAGCCGGGCUGUGGGCAGCAGGCGUGGUGCCUGGGCCAGGAGCGCAGAACCAUCUACUACAUGGGUUACAGGCAGGUGUACACCACAGAGGCCCGCACUGUGUUCAGGUGCUGCCCAGGGUGGAGCCAGCAGCCCGGCCAGGAAGGCUGUCUCUCAGCCGAAUGCACCGCUGGCUUCUGUUUCAAUGGUGGCCGCUGUGCGCCAGGCUCGGCUCAGCUGUGCCACUGUCCUGGAGGCUUCCAGGGGCCCCGCUGUCAGUAUGAUGUGGACGAGUGUCGCUCGCACAACGGCGGUUGCCAGCACAGGUGUGUGAACACCCCCGGCUCCUACCUCUGUGAGUGCAAGCCUGGCUUCCGGCUCCACACGGACGGCAGGACCUGUCUGGCCAUCAGCUCCUGUACCCUGGGCAAUGGGGGCUGCCAGCACCAGUGUGUCCAGCUCACAGCCACGCGGCACCGCUGCCAGUGCCGGCCAGAGUUCCAGCUGCAGGAGGAUGGCAGGCGCUGUGUCCGGAGAAGCCCGUGUGCAGACGGGAAUGGCGGCUGCAUGCACACGUGCCAGGCGCGCCGGGGCCUUGCCCACUGCGGGUGCCAUGCGGGCUACCAGCUCGCGUCAGACCGCAAGGCCUGUGAGGAUGUGGACGAAUGUGCCACGGGCCUGGCCCAGUGUGCCCAUGGCUGCCUCAACACUGAGGGAUCCUUUAAGUGUGUGUGCCACGCGGGCUACGAGCUGGGCGCCGAUGGACGGCAGUGCUACCGGAUUGAGAUGGAGAUCGUGAACAGCUGUGAGGCUGGCAAUGGUGGCUGCUCGCACGGCUGCAGCCACACCAGCACGGGGCCACUCUGCACCUGCCCCCGCGGCUAUGAGUUGGACGAGGACCGGAAGACCUGCAUUGAUGUCGACGACUGUAUGGAUUCCCCGUGCUGCCAGCAGGCGUGUGCCAACACCCCUGGUGGGUAUGAGUGCGGCUGCUACGCCGGCUACCGGCUCAGCACCGACGGCUGCAGCUGUGAGGAUGUGGAUGAAUGCGCCUCCAGCCGUGGAGGCUGUGAGCAUCACUGCUCCAACCUGGCUGGCUCCUUCCAGUGCUUCUGCGAGGCCGGCUACCGGCUGGACGAGGACCGCCGAGGCUGCACCCCCCUGGAGGAGCCCACGGUGGACCUGGACGGCCAGCUGCCCUUCGUGCGGCCUCUGCCCCACAUCGCGGUGCUGCGAGAUGAACUACCUCAGCUCUUCCAGGAUGACUACGGGCCGGAGGAGGAGGAGGCGGAGCUCCGCGGAGAGCACAGGCUCCUGGAGAAGUUUGUCUGCCUGGGUGACUCCUUCGGCCAUGACUGCAGCCUGACCUGCGCUGACUGCAGGAAUGGAGGGACUUGCCUCCCGGGCCUGGAUGGCUGCGACUGCCCGGACGGCUGGACCGGGCUCAUCUGCAAUGAGACUUGCCCUCCCGGCACCUUUGGGAAGAACUGCAGCUCGGCCUGCGGCUGUGAGAACGGCGGGACGUGUGGCCCUGUGACGGGGGCCUGCCGCUGCCCCCCGGGAGUCGGCGGAGCCCGCUGUGAGGAUGGCUGCCCCAAGGGCUUCUACGGGAAACACUGUCGCAAGAAGUGCCACUGUGCCAACCGGGGCCGGUGCCACCGCCUCUAUGGGGCCUGCCUCUGCGACCCGGGGCUGUACGGCCGCUUCUGCCACCUCGCCUGUCCACCCUGGGCCUUCGGGCCGGGCUGCUCGGAGGACUGCAGCUGUGAGCGGGCCCACACCCAGUCCUGUGACCCCAGGGACGGCGGAUGCUCCUGCAAGGCUGGCUUCCGGGGCCGGCGGUGCCAGGAGGAGUGUGAGCCAGGCUUCUUUGGGCCAGGCUGCCGGCACAGGUGCACCUGUCCACCAGGUGUGGCCUGUGACCCUGUGGGUGGCGAGUGUCGGAGGCAGUGUCCGCCUGGCUACCUGGGGGAGGACUGUGGCCAAGAGUGCCCAGAAGGGAUGUUCGGCGUGAACUGCUCCGGAUCCUGCUCCUGUGUCGCAGCACCCUCACCCUGUCACCGGGUCACCGGGCAGUGCCUGUGUCCACCGGGGAGGACGGGGGAGGACUGUGGGGCAGAUUGUCCCGAGGGCCGCUGGGGGCUCGGCUGCCAGGAGAUAUGCCCUGCGUGCGAGCACGGCGCCAGCUGCGACCCCAGGACGGGAGCCUGCCUGUGCCUCCCGGGCUUCGUCGGCAGCCGCUGCCAGGACGCUUGCCCUGCAGGCUGGUUCGGACCCAGCUGCCAGAGGAGGUGUUCUUGUGCCAAUGACGGUCACUGCCAUCCAGUCACCGGGCGCUGCAGCUGUGCCCCCGGGUGGACUGGACUCAGCUGCCAGAGAGCCUGUGACAGUGAGCACUGGGGCCCGGACUGCGUCCACCCCUGUAACUGCAGCGCGGCCCACGGCCACUGUGAUGCCGCCAGCGGCCUGUGCCUGUGUGAGGCUGGCUACGUGGGCCCCCGGUGUGAGCAGCGGUGCCCCCAGGGCUUCUUUGGGCCUGGCUGUGAGCAGCGGUGCCAGUGUGAGAAUGAGGCGGCCUGUGACCACGUCAGCGGGGCGUGCACCUGCCCCCCCGGCUGGCGGGGCAGCUUCUGUGAGCGCACCUGCCCCGCCGGCUUCUUUGGGUUGGACUGCCUCAGCGCCUGCAACUGCUCCGCGGGGGCCGACUGUGACCCGGUGAAUGGCUCCUGCAUCUGCCCCGCCGGCUGCUGGGGCCCCCGCUGCUCCCAGGCCUGCCCAGCCCUCACCUACGGGCUGAACUGUAGCCAGGCCUGCAGCUGCUCCAACGGGGCCUCCUGUGACCCAGUCCACGGGCAGUGCCACUGUGCGCCUGGCUGGACGGGGCCCUCCUGCCUGCAGGCCUGCCCGGCUGGCCUCUACGGGAAGAACUGCCAACACUCCUGCCUUUGCCAGAACGGAGGGAGCUGCCACCCCGUCCUGGGCCACUGCACCUGCCCCGAGGGCUGGACCGGCCUGGCCUGCGAGAAUGAGUGCCUCCCAGGACACUCCGGAGCCGGCUGUCAGCCCAGCUGCGCCUGUUUCCACGGGGGUCUGUGCGACUGGCUCACCGGCCAGUGCCUCUGCCCGGCUGGCUGGACUGGGGACAAGUGCCAGAGCCCCUGUGCGCAGGGCACCUUCGGGGCUCGCUGUGAGGAGCGCUGCGCCUGCCGGCGGGGGGCUGCUUGUCAUCACGUCACGGGGGCCUGCCUCUGUCCCCCAGGAUGGCAGGGCUCACGGUGUGAGCAUGGCUGCCCGCACGGCUGGUUUGGAGACGCCUGCGCCCAGCGUUGUCACUGCCCGCCCGGGGCCUCUUGCCACCACGUCACCGGGGAGUGCCACUGCCCGCCUGGCCUCACGGGGCCGGGCUGUGAGCAGGCCUGCCAGCCUGGCACCUUCGGAGAAGGCUGCGGCCACCUGUGCCAAUGUCCCGGAGAGACCUGGGCCUGCCACCCCACCACGGGGACCUGCACGUGUGCUCCUGGCUACCACGGCCCUGGCUGUCAGCAGCGAUGCCCUCCUGGGCGCUUUGGGCCAGGCUGUGCGCACGCGUGUGGCUGUCUCCACGGAGGCCUCUGCGAUGCGGCCACCGGAGCCUGCGCUUGCCCCGCCGGCUUCCUGGGAGCCGACUGCAGCCAGGCCUGUCCUCAGGGCUACUUCGGCCUCAACUGUGCCCAGGUGUGUGCGUGUGGGCAGGGGGCAGCCUGUGACCCCGUGACCGGCACCUGCCGGUGCCCCCCAGGGACGGCAGGAGCCCACUGUGAGUCUGGGUGUCCCCGGGGCCGGUUUGGCCAGGGCUGUGCUCACGAGUGUGACUGCAAGAACGGCGGCUGGUGUCACGCGGGCAGCGGCCACUGCUCCUGCCCCCUGGGCUGGACUGGGCCUCACUGCGAGCAGGCCUGCCCCGUGGGGCGCUACGGUGCGGCCUGCGGCCUGGAGUGCUCCUGCCGGAACGGGGCCACCUGUGAGCCCGCCACGGGCACGUGUCGCUGCAGCCCCGGCUUCUACGGACAGGCCUGCGAGCACCCCUGUCCCGCUGGCUUCCACGGAGAUGGCUGCCAAGGGGUGUGUGAGUGCCGGCAGGGGGCCCCGUGUGACCCGGUCAGCGGCCGGUGCCUCUGUCCUGCGGGCUUCCAGGGCCGGUUCUGUGAGCGGGGGUGUGAGCCAGGCUUCUUCGGAGAGGGCUGCGGGCAGCGCUGUGGCUGCGACGGAGGGGGGCCCUGCCACCCCACCACCGGCCUCUGCCUGUGCCCGCCAGGGCGCACGGGAGCCGCCUGUGAGCUGGAGUGCAGAGCGGGCCGCUUCGGGCCGGGCUGUGCCCUGCGCUGUGACUGCAGAGGAGGCGCGGACUGCGACCCCGUCCACGGGCAGUGCCGCUGUGUGGACGGCUACACGGGGCCCACGUGCCAGGAAGGCGGGCCCUCCCGGCUCCCCGAGAGCCCAACCCCAGCUCGAGGCUCAGUGGCCACAUGGUCAGCCUCCAACAAGACUGUGAAGCACCAGCCCAGUGGUCCAUCUGCCUCAGAGCCACACCUCCCCGCUGCAGCCUGAGCCAGGCCUCUGGUGUCCACCGAGGAGACGCAUGGACCCCGCGUUCCUGGCCCGGCCCCUCGAUGGCUGUGGAUUUCUACAGUUGUGGAUCUGCCCCGGCCCUGUGGCCUUCAGGAAGGAGGCCACGAGAGACCCCUCAUGUGGCCACAGGGACUCAGAGGAGUAGAUUGGCGCUCGGCCACCUCAUCUUCACCGGGAGCCCCGCAGGCUGUUUUGAGGAAGGCCUGGCCGCCCUGGCCCUGGCUUGGACCAGAGACCAUGUGGGGCGGGGGGGGG